AUGUCGUUGCAACUACGCAAUUCGCCCAUUGCUCGUCCUAUACUCGCUCUUGAAUUUUCCACGAUAGUUAGAAGUCUCUGGAAAUCAUGGAAAGGUUCCAGAAGGGGAGAUGAAUUUACUAAAAUUGGCAUUGCCAUCAGUGGUGGGCCAGACUCCAUGGCCUUAGCGCACUUAUGCAAACAGUUGAUAGUAGAAGAGUUUAUGCCAUACCUUCAAAUUAGAGCAUUUAUCGUAGAUCAUAGAUCCCGAGAGGGAAGCAAAGAGGAGGCAUGCAAGGUUGCAGGAUGGAUGAACCAAAUGGGUCUUACAUCUAAGGUCAUCACAUUACAGUGGCCUGAGGAAGUACUGGACCCUUCAAUACAAUCCAAUUUUGAAACCUUAGCAAGGAGGCUUCGUUAUCAAGCUCUUGGAAAAGCCUGCCUUGCUGAAAAUAUACAAGCACUCUUUUUAGGACAUCAUAGAGACGAUAACAUUGAGACUGGCUGUAUUCGACUAGCCCAAGGUCAUGGCCGGUUUGGCAUCACAGGCUUUGACUGUGUUUCUCCUAUCCCUGAAUGUCAUAAUUUAUGGGGUGUGUCUCGGAGUGGUGAUGUUACGACUCUAGAGGCUAUUCGCUCUAAUCAAAGUGCAAGCCUUGCGCCACAUAUUCCCGAAGAUGUUAUAGAUUUGCCCACGUACCAGUCAAACAUAAGACAUUCCACAGCCACAGGCGGUGUGCAUAUUUUCCGCCCAUUACGCCCUUUUCCAAAGUCGCGUCUAGAGUUGACUUGUCGUAUCUCUAAGAUACCAUUUGUUAUAGAUCCAACUAAUGCAGAUCACACACUGACAAUCCGAAAUACAGUGCGCAAAUUGCUAUCGUCGGGUGAUCUACCUCGUGCUUUGCAGCCUUGUUCGAUUCUAGACCUCAUCGAAAAGAAUCGCAACGCUAAGGAGCGCCUACAAGGACUUGUUGAUGAUUUUGUCAAAAUGAUUCAUGUUUUGAACUUUGAUUUCCAAGCCGGCACACUACUGAUUCGACUCCCUUUGCCAAAAGUGGUGAAAUACUUUGACGAGACAAGUGUCGACCGUAAUCAGACCCAACCUUAUAUACACUCAUUCGAUGUGCUAUUGAUGGUUGUACGAAGAUUGAUUGGGUUAGUUUCCACAGGUUCAGAUUCUCAAAUCUCGAACAGAGGACUUGCCAGAGCAGCAAACCUUUUUUGGCCUCAAACGCUUGCAGACGCGAUGUCAGACGUAUUCACUCUAGGCAGUGUUAAAUUCCAGCCCUUGAAAAAGAAACGAACUUCCACAAGUGCGGACUAUUUUUUGAAAAAUUUUAAGCGCCGUGUCCAGGCUGACCUCAUACAAGGGGGCAAUUCGACCAUCCAAGACACUGAAAAUAUUUGGCUACUUUCACGAGAGCCUUUCCGGAACCAUUUACCCUUGCCACGUGGCGAAUUUAGGAUAUAUCUCCCCCGUCCUAAAAAUGAAAAAUUGCAUAAAAGCAGUGAAAAGGCAGCCAAUACAAGUGCCUGGACCCAAUGGAAACUUUGGGAUGGAAGAUAUUGGGCCCGCCUUCGCUUGGUUAGACAAAAUAAAUUAGUCGCCAAAAAGGCCGAUACAGUUCCAAAAUCGCAUGUUUAUGGUCUUGGUGAUUCGGUACCAAUAACCAUGAGACCAGCAACGCCAGGCGAUUUGACAAGUAUAGAACUAACAACUAGAGAUGGAAACAGGAAUAAAGUAUCUCGACUGGCCCAGAAACAAUUAGAUAGGCUCCUAGCACGUUUUGCUCCAGGCGACAUCCGACAGACAAUUCCCAUCCUUUCACAUGCGGUACCACAGCCAGUUGAAAAAAAAACUGCCAACCAUCUCACUAGCUUUUCGUCGGCUACUCACGGUACCUUCCCACAGAAACAUGCUAAGGACGCCCUAUUUCUGGAAGAGCGCGAUGAUUCGGGCGAAGGUGGUAAAGAGCACCAUAAGACAUACAAAGAGGACGAGAAUUACGACAUGGGUGAUACCCCGCGAAUUCUCGCGGUUCCAUCAUUUAACUGGCGCACCACAGGUAUAAUAUGGGUGCGAAUGCCUCGCAACCCGCCUGGAGCAUCGGCAUCCCUUGGAAUGGAGUCAGGUUCGCACCAAGACGAAGCUGAAUAUCAGAAAGUGGAUACCGUCGUCCCAUGGACUGUAGAGUGGGAAAUCGUGUAUAAAUUUGUCGACCCCGUCAUGAUUCGAAACAUGACAUGGGAGAAAGAUUCAUUGCCUGAAAGUAAGGGAUAG